CUUUUUGUUGUGUUUUUUCUCUCUGGAAGGCAGGUCCGAGAUGACUGGGACAGCAGCCGGCCUGAUUGUGCUCACAGCCGUGACUCGAGCUGUUUGGGCGUCAGCUGCUGACAACAAUGAUGACCGUUUUACCUACGAUUACUACAGGCUCCGGGUCGUAGGGCUGAUUGUUGCUGCUGUGCUGUGUGUCAUUGGGAUCAUCAUCCUGUUGGCUGGAAAGUGUCGAUGCAAAUUUAAUCAGAAUAAGAGGACCCGGUCUAACAGUGGGAUUGCCACAGCCCAGCACCUCCUCCAGCCUGGUGAAGCGACUGAAUGUUAAGGGCUGACCGGAGAUGACCGCUGCCCCAGGACGAGGUGGUGAAGAACUACCUUCUCGUCCAUCCCCUCUUGCUCCUUCCUAGCCUCCUGUCGUGUGAUGUAUCUGUUGAUGACUGCGUGCUCUCUCUCCUCUCCCCUCCCCACCCUCCGCAGUGGGGUGGGGGUAAACGUGUAAUAAAUUCUGGCUGAGCCCCCAGCCCUGUGCCCUGCAGCACGUCUGUGACCAUGUCCUGCUCUGUGUCCGUCUGUGUGUGUGCGCCUGUACCCCAAUGAGGGUCAGUGUCUCUGGGUGCACACGCGCGCCUGUACCCCAGUGAG